AUGCGUUAUUUUACCUUUGGCUACAUUUCGAAGUUCACUAUGGCACGGAAACGAGCACUAGCAACCGAGGUCGAGGAAAGCAAGCCGAGUAAAAGACAGAAAACUGCUAGUAAAUCAAAGGGAACUGCAGAACAUGGAGAGGGUUCAUCGAGGAAAAGAAACGUCGAUUCGGUCCCAAAACGAGACAAACAUGGUAAACUAGUAUUCCCUGAUUUUCCAGACUUUAAGCCAAACUUGACUCCCAAAGAAGUUCUUCAGGCUGGAAGCUUUGGAGGAACAUACUUCCGACCCAUUUAUUCCAGCGUCACAGGUGAAAUAUAAUUAAAAUGAAGCUUAUUUUUAACAGUCUAAAAUUGAGAUUUUUGUGGCUACUGCCACUUUUGCGAGGCGAAGCUAUAUAUGUUAUCGAAAUGAGUGAGUGGGUGAUGGUAAGUAACAAUAGAAUAGCGAACUUCACCCGAUUUUGAUCUGAUAUCAGUCAUUGUUUGUUUCGAAGUUUCUUCGUAAAUGGAAUUUCAACGAAAUUAUCUUUAAUUAAGACGUAAAAUUAAAAGAAGCAUAGCUUAAUCAUCGUUGUAAUAAAGUUUUCAUACAACACACGCUGUCUUUGUUUGAAAGAGCAUGCUCUAUCAGAGUACAAAAUGUAGAGCUAAGCUAAAGCUGUCACGCUAUCCGCUGAAUUGUACUACUUGUAUGACCUACUCUGACCAUUUCCUGGACUCCUCACUAGUUUUUUUUUUCGUUAAUUGAAAGUGAAUUUUUGGAACAAGCGAGUUGGUACGUAGCAACAGAAGAACCUAACAAAGGUUUGUAAAUAUGCUAAGCACCUUAAUUUACGUUAUUAUAAGGUGAGCAGAGACAAAAAUCCUCAAAGAGAAAACAAAAUGGAAAUUCCAAGUUUUGAAGUGUUCCUCACUCAGUUAGAUUGCAAGCUUACAUAAGGUAAUAAAAAUCAAACAUAGUUAACACUUGAAUGGUGAAUAUAGUUUCGUGUUCAAAAAACAAAACGGAGCAAAACAGGAAUUAUGAAAAAUAUAUAGCCAAACUGGCACAACCAUUAAAAUUCACACCAAUCAUGAUGUGUCAGAGCAACUGUGAUCAUACUGAGGUUCAUUGUGGUUAGCUCAUCAUGGCAAAGUGAAGCAAGCCUCAGAAAUUACAUCGGCCACCCUUCGAGUGAACAACUAAGAGCUUGCACUGAUAUCCUUGUGGAUGCAUUGAGUGGAAGGCCAUGUCAGUCAAAUUGUAUAGCGUUGUCAUUCUGAGCAAUCUUCGUUCUGUUGUAAGCACUUUGGAAGCAUAUAUUGUGUAUUAUGUUAUAGAAUGGAGUUAAACCUCAGGUUUGUUUUGAAAAUUUAAUUAGAACAAGAGUUCCUUCAUACUGGCUUUCAGUUUCCCCUUUCUUCACACCCAACUAGCUCUUAUAAGAAGCUUAAAAUGUGUCAAUAUGUAACAAUUAUUCAACAAAUUGGAGGUGAAUAGAGCAGAGUAUUCCACAACUUCCAUUGACUGUGAGACCAUCAUAUAACUUUUCCCACUAGCAAACAUGAACCUAUUUUUCUUUGGUGUCUGCUUAUUGGAAUAAUUUUUGUAGGUGGACAGUUCUACUUAAGGACACAUUGUCAAAUUCCCAAGGGUUCAAAGAGAGUUGACUGCAUUUUCAAUGCUUAUAUCUGCAGAUUGCCUGUAAAGUAAACAAAUUAAGCUGGGUAAUUUUGUUUUAUAAGCAAUAAAGAAAACAAAUGCUCUAUGUAAGAGAGAGCCUUGGAGCAUCUGUGAAGUUUGAAAUCAUUACAAUCUCCACUAAAAAAAAUUCUCAAUUGAUUUAGCUUUUGAAAUUAAAGUGGGGAUUUUGGGGUGGUGUACCUUAAAACACCCAGUGUCUUGUAGGAUUCAGUUCAAUCAUCAGGAUUAAAGAAAAAUAAUAUUUACUAAAGUAUUUCUUACAUUUUCAUUCUCAAACACUUUAUUUAUGCAGGUCAGAAAUAUUCCUCUGAUGUUUACAAAGAAUUUCCUUCUGAAUGGUUUGAAGGACUUAACAUCAAAAGGCAGGUGACAUCAUCUGUCUAUCGUAAUGAAGUCAACACUUACAAGGUGAAAUGUGGGGGCAGUUUAGAAAUGUGGGAAUCAUCUGGCUGGAUAAACAAACAAGAUCCUUAUGGCUGGUUUCAGUGGUGAGUUUAACUAGGCAAGGUAUUAUUUGUUACUCAGGUAAUAAUUGAGAUACCUGUGCUCUAAUUGGUCCAGGAAUUUGUCAUAUCUUGCCAUAAUCACCUCUCGAGAGGUAAUUUUAUUACCAGUGUAUAUUAUUUCAAAAGAAGAUUGAAAUAUUUAUUAUUCUUAUUAUCCAAGUUUUCCCCCAACAAUGCUUUUGACAAUGCCUGGGUCACUAUAGAGUUCUCAGUAACAGAGACAUAGAGGGGGAAUCUUGAGAUCUUGGGAUUGAUUCCUCAUGUUCAAUGAAUAACAAAUGGCAAGGUAAGUGAAGAGUAUGCUUGGCAAGUUUUUUCUUCUGUCCUUACCAGAAUAAGACCUACUGAUAACGCAAAAACAAUUCUGAAUUUGUUUCCUUGGUAGGUAUUGUAGAUUUUACCUUGGGCGGCGCACAGAAGAUGAUAGACGACAGGUUGACCGAUGGAAAAACUGUACUGGAGAUAAGGGUCGUUGGCGAAAUAACCUCAUUUCCAAAUGUGUUCGAAGUGGUUGUGCUUAUGAUAACUUUGCUGUGUCACCUGUUGUAAGACAAACUCUUCAACACUGGGCCUAUAAACUGAACAAGGAAGACUUUGAUAAAUAUGCCAAGAAAGUAAAAAUAUAAGAACAAAUCACAACUAUGUUGGCCUUGUCAAUUCUUGUGUGGCACGUGAGAGAGAAGUGUAUAGUUCUUUUAUUGCAGGUUUUCACAAUCAAUAUAAAAUUGGUUCAAAUUUUGGAUUAUUGUUUGAGAUUGUACAUACUGUCCCCAGAAAAAAAAGGAAAGAGUCUCAUUUUUAUACAUUCAGUUAUGAGUCACCCCAUUAAGUCAUUCAAAGUCUGACCACAAACUGUCACCCCUUCCGUUUGCACUUGCUUGAUUUCCUGUAACUCUUGUUUGGCUUGCUCUCUGGACAAUGAUUGUAGAGAAUAUAGAAAAGGCCUUUAAACAGACUGCAUGGUCAUGGAAAAGUAACUUUCUUUUCACACUGUUUAGUGUGUGCCCAUGUGCACUACAAUUUUAUUGUAACUUUUACAUUUACUUGUAAAUAAUAAAUAUCCUAUCCUUUCAAUCUUAAUAUUGAUUCCCAUUGCUGGAAGUGAACAUUAUCCAACACAGCAACCUCAGGAC